GUUUUGUUUUGUUUUUCCCCUCUACUAAAACUAUCCCCAGCCAGUCAGACUGGGAACUUUCUCUCUGAGCUGCUGUCUAGGAUGAGUUUUACUGGUAAAAUUAGAUGUGUCCUAGACUCUUAAGGGGCCUGUUUAUACUGAUUUUAUUUUGAUUGUCGGCCAUCAAGUGGGACAAGGAAAUCACAUUCUAAGAUGGCAGACGGAUUCUCUCAAGUUGGAAAGGAAAACUGCAGUGAGCAGGUGAGAAGAGGCCAAGUCUCUGGUCCCUGCUCACAAUUCCAGAGAAGUUUCAUCCAGAGAGUAACACUGCUGGGAAAGCUACCCACCAGCUUUGUCCUCCAUCGUGAAAAGAAACAGAAGGUUGCUGCUAUCCUGGGGAUUGACCAAGAAGCCAUGAGGUCUCUUCCAGAGGGAGACUUACAAGAUUGCUUGCUGAGUAAGGUGGACCUGAGGCGCCAGCAGAUUUCUCAGAGAGUGGAGGAGGUGCAGAAAGUCAUUCACCAUUUGACCACAGAGAUCAGCCUCCAGGACAGUCGAUUCCAAGCCGUGCCUGCCUCUGACACGCACAAUGACAGCAUUAAGGUUUUGGCCCCCAGCCUGUUCCACAUCACCAUCCCACUGAAAGGCCUUGCGGGAUACAAGGGGGCCAGGACACAGCGCUGGCGGUACUACAACCUGCAGGGUACCAAGCUCACCUGCCCUUUGCGGGACCCUGAGGGCUUGCAGCAGUGGCUGGAGACUGAGCAGUUCAUGAAGACCCUGUGGCAGUGGCACCAAGCAGAUGUGAACAUAGAGGGGGACAUCGUGCCUGCCAAAGUCCUCCAGGUGUUCCGGGCGCUGGUAGAAAGUGCAGUGAGAACCUGCCACCUCUCAGAUAAGGUCACUGUGCUAGCAAACCGAGCUGCUGUUUGGGUUGCCAUAGAAACGUCCACUGGCCCGGUGGAACUGGAGCUGGCCCCCACUGUGGAGAUCCCCACGGCCUGGUCCGAGAAAGCCCAGUGGCCUAGGUGCUUGAAGCGGUGGCCUUCCGCAGAGAGAGUGGAGUGCAUCAAGUCAUUUGGGUUCAGCUUGGUGGCCCGGUCCAGCUAUCACUGGCAGCUGAGUUUCCCCCAGGCGGAAAAGGUGCUUUUUGAGCAGUUGGAUGAGGAUGGGGGCUGCCGCAGGCGGUGCUUUCAGGUCCUGAGGCAGCUGAAGGAGGAUGUGUGGUGUCCAGGGAAGAGGCCAGUCAUCACCACCCACCACCUGCAGACCGUGCUCUUCUGGACUUGUGAGAAAUACCCGCACCUCAAGGAUUGGCAGGUCUUCCAUCAGGCUCUCUUGCGCCUGGUCAGGAAGCUGCACAGAUGUGUGAGCCAGCACUUCCUGAAGCAUUAUUUUGUUCCAAAGAGCAACCUCCUUCAGUCAGCCAACCCAAAUGAGCUGGAUGCCGUAGCCCAGAAAGUGGCCUUCUUCCUAAAGAACCCACAGGUCACACUGCCUUGAGGUGGCCCAGGGAGCCCUUGCUCCAUUCCUGUCUACUGACCUCCUUCUCAGGGUGGUUCCUCUGCCAGCUGCCAGGACCCUAUGCUAACAGAGAAGCCACCAAAGCAGGCCAGCAGCUCCCUCAUCAAAGGCAAAUGCUCCUGCCCCAGGCCAUGUGAGCAUUUCACCUUCCCUACCUCUCCUGGGGACAGCUGUCCUGUAGCUUCCCCAAGUGACUGAUGUUCCUUGCUCAGAUUCUUACUGUCUGCCAAGGGGAAUGGAGAUGGGCUCUGGACAGGCCAGAUACUAGCCUGCCAUUGGAGACUACUCAGGCUGGCUGGACCAGGACCCACAUACUGACAGACAG